GCUUGCAGAGGGUGUUAAAUUUCCAGUAUGGAAUCUUCUAUUGUUCUUCUGUGCAAAUAUGGUUCAAAAACUCUUGUCGUAUCAGUUAGAAGAGAUUUCUGCUUUGACGAUGUUGUCCGUAGUCUGGUUAAGAAGUGGCCAAAUUUGGAAACCUCUAGUUUUCAACUUUUGUAUGCUGUAGGUGGACAUGACAAUUGCGUUCUAGAUAAUGAUGCUGAUUUUGUAAAUAUGUUCGCAUUGGCUGGUGCGUAUGGGGUUAGUUGCAUUGAUGUAGUUGUUGAAGUGCUUUCUUCUUGUGCUGAUCAUAAUAAUCGGAGUAUUGUUGUUGAAAGUGUUGAAUGUCGAAGAAGUUUUGAAGUUGGUCAAAGUAGUACUAUGCAUGAAGUAGAAGAAGAUCCACUUGAGAGGUUUUGUCAGCACCACGAGACUGUCCGUCUUUCUGCUGGUUGGGCUAAGUUGAUUACUCAUGUUGGCCAAGAGUUUAGAGGCGGAGUAAAAGAAUUUAGGGAUUGUCUGGCAAUGUAUGCUAUUGAAGUCGGAUUUGUAUAUAAGUUUUUGAAGAAUGACAAGACUAGAGUAACGGCGGAAUGUUCAAAAAAACAUACAGAAUCUGGUUGUCAAUGGUUUAUUCAUGCAACCAUUGAGAGAUCUAACAGUUUCUUUUGUAUUAGGGAGUUUGAGAAGAAUCACAGUUGUGUUGGUGUUUUUGCUAGUUCGAAGAAUCCUCGGAUGAGUUCAAAGUUGGUUGCUAAACAGAUUAGGGAGGAAGUUCGAACUAAGACAAACUAUGCACCAAUAGAAGCAGUGAAAUUUUUUGAGAAGUAUUAUGGGAGUAAAAUCAGUUAUCACCAUGCUUGGUUUGGGGUUGAGAAGGCAGGUGAUGAGCUGUAUGGAGAUUAUGCAUUGUCUUUUGACCUACUAAGGUGGUAUGCUGAGGUAGCGAAGGAGAAAAACCCAGGAAGUGUUAUUGAUGUUGAGUAUUGUGACAAAACUAAUUGUUUUAGAAGGAUUUUUGUAGCAUUUGAUGCGUGUAUCAAAGGCUUCAAUUACUGCCGUCCUUUGUUAGCGCUUGAUGGGACUUUUUUGAAGGGGAGGUACAUUGGAACCCUUUUCGGAGCUAUAGGAAAAGAUGGCGAUCAAGGACUGUUUCCAGUGGCUUUUGGCAUUGCUGAUUCUGAAACUGACGAGAAUUGGCUUUGGUUUUUGAGAAAGUUGUCAACAAUUCUGUCAUUUCGUCCAAUAACAUUCAUAACAGAUCGUCAUUCUGGGCUUUUGAAAGGUAUUCCAGAGGUUUUUCCUAAUGGAUAUCAUGCGUAUUGUUUGCAGCAUCUGAAGUGUAAUUUGAGGGACAAGUUUAAGGGCAGAUUGUCUAAUGGUUUUAGGGACAGAGUAGUCGAGUUGUUUUCUUAUUGUGCAUAUGCACCAUCGAUUUCUGAUUAUGAGGAAGCUUUUAAAGAACUGUGCAAUGUUGGUGGUCCAAAAGCUAAGGAUUUUGUUGAAUCGUUGCCACUUGACAAGUGGGCAAAUGCAUAUUUUGAAGGUAGAAGAUAUGGGGACAUGUGUUCAAAUCCAGCUGAGUCUUUCAACAAAUGGAUUUUGGAAGCCCGUCAUUUGCCAAUUUUGAAUGCAAUUGACACGAUAAGGGUUAAACUGAUGGAGCAAAUGUGUGAUAGGAGGCAACAGUCAUGGAAGUGGAAUGGCAUCGUGUGUCCUGAAAUGGAUAAGAAGUUGGUCACAAGUUUCAACAAAGGUCGGUCGUGGACUGUGGCAAAGGCAAGUGAAGAUGUUUUUGAAGUGUUCUCCCUUCCGACAGUUGUAGUUGAUGUUCAGAGACGGACGUGCACAUGUUGUCGAUGGCAGUUGAACGGUUUUCCUUGUGUGCAUGCAGUGACGGCUAUUCAAAAGGUUGGCCUCCAAGUUUCAAACUACAUAGAUCCUUUUUACACCGUUGAAGCUUUCCGAUUGUCGUAUGAGAGUAUGAUAAAUCCUAUUCCCACUCUCGGAGCUCCAGAAGUGACAAAAGAGAACCGUGUAGUUCUUCCUCCUAAGACAAGAAGGCCGCGGGGUAGACCUAAGGUUCAAAGAAUUCGAUCAAAGGGGGAGAAGGUGAGACAAAUAAGGUGUGGGAGGUGUGGAAAGUUGGGAAACCACAAUAGGAAGAGAUGUAAAGAGCCAAUUGAGUGAACUUGUUCUUAGGAUAUUGCUGAGUAUUAUUUGAUUCGUUCGAUUUGAA